ACAAAUUGGCAUUACGCCUACAUUUUACUCUUACGUGGCCAAGGGGGAAAAAUGUGUACAUAGGAAAAAAAAAAUUGAUGAAGCAAACUUUAAAACAAUUUGGUAAACUAUAUCUAAUCAUAUUGUUUUAAUUUUUGGAUACUUAUCUGAAUAAAAAUUUUAAACUAAAACAUUGGACAAGAAAAAGUCAAGUAGGGACAGGCAUAAAAGCUUCCUCUGAGUUCAUAACUUUCCUUUCCUCUGAGUAAAUAACUUCAAUUUUCAUUCAUAUCCAGCGUUGACCUUUCUAUCACACUUCAGUCCUUGAUAAACUUUCAUCAAGGAAUGGGGGGGGGGCCAACCAAUCGUGGAUCAGAAAUCAUCCUGGUGGGAUUCCAGCUCAGUAAAGACACUGAAGUGCUCCUCUCCUGUGUCUUCUCCCUGUUAUAUAUCUUCAACCUGCUGGCAAAUGGCGUGAUCUUGGGACUCAUUUGGCUGGACCUCAGACUGCAUUCCCCCAUGUAUUUCUUCCUUUCUCAUCUGGCUACCAUUGACAUAUGCUAUGCUUCCAUCAGUUCGCCCAAUAUGCUGAAAAACCUAGUGAAGCACAAAAAAACUAUCUCCUUUGUCUCGUGCGCCAUGCAGAUAGUUUUGUUUGUGACUUGUGCUGGUGAAGAGUGCCUGAUUUUGGUAGUGAUGGCCUAUGACGGGUUCGUGGCAAUCUGCCAUCCGCCCCAGUACACUGUCAUCAUGAACUGGACAGUGUGCAUGCUCCUGGUCAUCGCUAUCUGGGCAUGUGGAUUUUCCCUAGCCCUAGUACAUGUAAUUCUCUCUCUAAGGUUGACUUUCUCUGGGCCCCAGGAGGUGAACCACUUCUUCUGGGAAAUCCUAUCUGUCCUCAAAGUGGCCUGUGGUGAUACUUGGAUCAAUGAAGUUUUUGUCUUUGCUGGUGGUGUGUUUAUCUUAGUUGGGCCCCUCUCCCCGGUGUUGAUCUGCUACGUGUGCAUCCUCUGGGCCAUCCUGAAGAUCCAGACAAAGGAGGGGCGCAGAAAAGCCUUUUCCACCUGCUCCUCACACUUCUGUGUGGUUGGAGUCUACUUUGGCAUAGCCAUGAUGGUUGACUUGGUCCCAGACAAUAGUCAACGUGAGGAGCAGCAGAAAAUCCUUACCCUGUUUCCACUCUUCAACCCAUUGUUGAACCCUCUCAUCUACAGUCUAAGGAAUGCUCAGAUGAAGGCUGCUUUUAACAGAGCAUUGCAGAAAAAGAGGGCAAUAUGA